GGCCUGGGUCUCAGCCAGGGCCAUGGGUGUGUCUCAAGCCGAAAACAGCAGGCACACAGUUAUUAUGCGGUUAAUAAUAAUCUUCAUCAGGCUUCCUUGAGUUUACCCUGAGGCAUAUGUGAAAAAUGAUGUGCACUGCCAAGAAAUGUGGAAUUAGAUUCCAACCUCCAGCUAUCAUCUUAAUUUAUGAGAAUGAAAUCAAAGGGAAGAGUCGCCAGCGCAUCAUGCCAGUCCGAAACUUCUCAAAGUUUUCAGAUUGUACCAGAGCUGCUGAGCAAUUAAAGAAUAAUCCACGACACAAGAGUUACCUGGAACAAGUAUCUCUGAAGCAGUUAGAGAAGUUGUUCAGUUUUUUACGAGGUUACUUGAAGGGGCAGAGCUUGGAGGAAACCAUGAAACAAAUUGAGCAGGAAAUAACUAUUGAUCCUGAAGAAGACCUAAACAAACUGGAUGACAAGGAGCUUGCCAAAAGGAAAAAAAUCAUGGAUGAACUUUUUGAGAAAAAUCAGAAGAAGAAGGAUGAUCCAGAUUUUGUUUACGACAUUGAGGUUGAAUUCCCACAAGAUGAACAAGUUCAGUCCUGUGGCUGGGAUACAGAGUCAGCUGAUGAGUUCUGAUGCCAAACUCAACUUAUUAGGCUAGAAGAAUAUCUAUGUUUCUAUGAAGAACGUAGUUUGGUUCUUAGGGGGAAAAUACUAUUAAUAACACUAAAUGUAUGUCUUGGGUCAUAAAACCAGGACAUUUACAUUUACUGUGUAGGUACAAGAGAAACAUAGGAAGAAAACACAGGAAUCUGCCUUUAAGAUGCUUGUACUGUAAUUGGGGGAUAACCAAAAAACUCCAUGAAAAGCUAAUCAAUCAUGUUAAGCAGCAAAAAAUUAGAACCAGGUGCUUAGUAAAGACAAAAGGUCAGAGCCUGAAUUACUAUAGGGUGCAACAAUCAGGGAAGGUAUUUCCCCCCUUAGUGGAGAAAUAGUGCUUUGCCUAGUCUUUCAAAUGGCAGUAUUUGAAUAGGAGUUUAUUAUAGAAUUCCAGAGGAGUGCAACUGGGAAAAGAAGGAAGGUAAGAAAGAGACAAGAAAGAGAUUUUUAAAAAUCUGAGUAACAGUGAGCAGACUGUAAUUUGAUGAGCAUAUAUGAUUUCCAGGCCAUUAUCCAGUAUGUAUUCAGUCUCUGUGCAUAUUUAGCUCUGGAGGGGAGUACCACUGUACCAUGCUAGCAGCUUCACGUGGAUGUCCUGUGAUGGACAGUGGGAGCAUUCUGCCCCUGUGGGAUCCGGAAGUACAUACUAAAAACAUUCUCAAACCAUAAUGAGAGCUUUGUUUGUAAAAUGGGAAAUCCACCCAUACAUAAUAAAUGAACAAUAUGUACUGCCAGCAUAGGCCUGCUCAUGUAUUUGGGUAUACAAAGAGAGUCUUUGUUUAACAAUGCUAUCUGUGUGAUGAUGUAUUUGUUCUUGCUAGAACGCUAUUUAACUGGUCGAAGUCCUAUGUUUUCUUUAAGGAAAUUAAUAAUCAUUAAAUAAGGCCAUGAAAAUAAUUACUCUGUUUUUACCUGUUUACCCCUAAUAUCUUUCACAUUAAGUACCCUAGUAAGGAAAUCAUUUAUAUAGUACUUACAAACCACAGUCUGAAGAGAGGCACAUCUUUAUAUAUUUGCCAAAGACAGCAAAAAGAAUUUGCAGAAUUAGAGAGCCUUCUAUACCUACAUUAUUUCCCAUAUAUUUCGUAGUAUAGACUGAGUAAUUUAUUGUAAAAGCUGCCUUUAAUAGUACUGUGCAUUCUAAAUUUUAAUAAACAUUAAAUUUUCUUCUAGAAAGGCUCAGUC